GUUGUCACUCACUCAUGGAUUUCACAUCAUUUCCUCAACGUUCCAAUUGGCACCUAUGGUGUACUUCGAAUGCGGAGAGUGCAAUGAGACGGUCAAGAAGCCUAAGUUGGCAAAGCAUUUGCUGAGCUGCAACGCAGCGUACGUAAGCUGCAUCGACUGCUCGAAGGUUUUUGCCUGGAACGAGUGGGAGGGACACACGAAUUGCAUCUCAGAGGCUCAGAAGUAUCAGGGCAGUCUAUAUCAGCCCAAGGAGAGCACCAACAAGGGACAGGUGAAGCAGGAUGCCUGGGUUGACAACGUGAGGACGGCCAUUGAGGAUCCCAAGAUGGACAUUGAUGCAAACACGAGGAGCUUGCUGCAGAAGCUUCUGGGCUUUGACAACAUACCGCGGAAGGAGAAGGCUUUCUACAACUUCGUGAAGAACUCCCUGAAGAUCUGGGAUGACGGCAAGAUCGGCGCGAUGUGGAAAGUUGUGGCUGCGAACUCUAAGCCAGCUGGACAGGCUCAGGCCAAACCCAACAAUGGGACGAACGGUACAAGUGCCAAGACCUGGCCAGGCUGGAAGCGUGCCGUCGAGGACGAGCUGCGGGAGGGUGCGAUGCCCUGGAAGCGGCUGUGCACGCGCCUGGUGGCGCGGUACCGCGACACUGGAAACAAGGGCUCGGAGGAGGAGCUGGAGCUGCAGGCCUUGAGCAACAUUCCAGAGGAAUACUGCUCUGACAAAGACCCGACAGUCAAGCUCAUGAAGUGAUGCUUCAAAAGGUAGGCUGGGUCGCGCCCGUUUUGUGAGUACUUGCCGUGGAGAAAUAAGCCCAACGCAGAGUCUUUGCAGCGCAAAUCUGGCAUGGCUUGUUGGGGGAACCAAUAAUCCAUCCUCGGUUUGCUGGUUGCGAAGAUUUGGACCUGAGGCGGAGUGCGGAGGUUUCUGCACGCGCCGUUUUCAGCGGAGCAAAACAGGAGCAGC